UCUUCUCUUGCUUUGUGUGCUAUAUGGAGGGAGUGUGGCGACUUGAACUGGUGCACAUUGGUGCAAAGUCCUAUGUCGAAAACAGACAGAGACAGGACUUUAUGGAUGAUUUUUCUCUUAUAACACACACACAAACUCGAAGACUUACGAGCAAAAACCAACAAGUUGGCAGAAAGAAAAAACAACCAGCGAAGAUGGGACUUCAAGUGAACAUAGAAAAGACAGAGGAGGUGAUGAAUACAACUGAUCAAUAUCAACGGAAGACAUUUACACUAGAUCACUUCUCCCACUUGUCUAGAAGGCAGCAUCGUUUCAACUACAUGGGGGGUGUCAGUGUCAGGAUAAGAAAGGCGAUACACAGGCCUCGACUAAUUGAUUUGAAAUCUAUCUGGAAAUCCAUAACCAUAAAAGAACAAGAUUCAAAUUUUAAACACCGAUGUCAAGUCAUUUCUUCUAGGUGGUUCAGAGACUUGGAGUUUCACCAAAAACAUUUCGAACAUUGAUAUAAGUGUAGAGUACAAUUUCAUUAUGAGUAAAAUUUAUUUUUUGAUAAAGUCUCUCACAGCGUUGUACAGUAAUAUUUACUGAUGACGACGUUUCGAUCACAAUUUAUUACUGCUCAUAAUCAUAUCAAGGCACUAUUCAUACAACUUUCUAACUUCGUUUAUAUAAUUCCAUUAUUUUCCAUCGCUUGACUUCAUUGGUAGUAGUAAUUUACAUAUUUCUGGUAUGAGUGAUGAGUCAUUCCUAUUGCCUGUGUUGGGUGUAGAUUCACUGAACAAGGACUCAGUAAUCAACCUCUCUCUCAUCUACCUAGAUUACUU